AUGGAGCGUGAUACCAAGGGACACACACCAAAGAGCAUGACGAGGGGUCAUAUUCCAGAAGGGCAAUCGCCCAUCUUCUCAUCUCCAUUAAGAAUGUUCAUCGAAGCCGAAAUAUAUGGCUCGAGUUUGUCCCAAGACCACACUAGCGAGAGAUGCAACCAACCUGGCGGGAACACAAAACACAUAAUUCCCGCGCAGAUGUAUUGCGUUCCUGGGUUGUCGGAGGAUAAUCAUAAAAUGGCUACAUGUGGGUCGGGAAGCAUGCCGAUACGUAGGUCCAACUUCUCUAAUAACCGCUCUCCUUGGCACAGUUUGCGCCAUAAUUGUUGGAUGGUUAUCACUGGUUUCAUUAGUCAUGACUCGUACUUUCACGGAGCAUUGGCGGACACUACUCCAGAGGUGAGUGUUUCGGAACCAGAACUCGGAUACCGUCAGGUUGGGUUGGGUCGUCGACCCAGAGAGAAAACGAGUGAGGAUCCAUGA